AUGUCGUCCUCAAGUUCGCUCUCCCAGAACGCCGGGAAACGCAAGCGCAACAACACAGCCACCGCAAUCGAAAUGGACCAAACCCAGAUUGUUCAGGCCGAGUCGCGAGACGCCUCAGGCGAAGAAGGGGACACUACGGCCCCGGAAAGCGGCCGAGCUGCUGCCGUCCAUAAGAAGACCGACUCGACCGCGAGCGCGCACCCACCGAGCAAGCGCCAGCGCGCGAACUCUGAUCAGUCAGCGGUUGGGGCAGCAAGCGGCACAGCAGCAGCCCAGGUCCUCGACCCCGGCGAACCGAGUGAUACCACCGAGGCCAGCGUCGACAUCGCCGAGAGGGUGACGCGCAAGGGGAGCCGGAAGUCAGCGCUGAGCAAAGGCGAGAGCAGCGCCAAUGGCGGAGCACUGGUCACCAACAAGACCUCGGCAGCGAUGCCGCCACCUCCGAUCGGCAAACUCACUCACCCUGUUGGAUACAAGACGAACCCGCCCCCUGCGGGCAGGCCUGUGAGGGUGUAUGCGGACGGCGUCUUCGAUUUGUUUCACCUAGGACACAUGCGCCAGCUCGAACAAGCGAAGAAGGCUUUCCCCGAUGUGUAUCUGAUUGUGGGUGUGACCGGCGACGAGGAGACGCACAAGCGCAAGGGCCUCACCGUGCUAUCAGGCAAAGAACGAGCCGAGACGGUGCGGCACUGCAAAUGGGUGGACGAGGUCGUCGAGAACUGCCCUUGGAUUGUGACGCCCGAGUUUCUGGAAAGACACCAGAUCGACUAUGUCGCCCACGACGAUAUUCCCUACGGCGCUGAUGAGGGCGACGACAUUUAUGCGCCCAUCAAGGCCGCGGGCAAGUUUUUGGUGACGCAACGAACAGAAGGUGUAAGCACCACUGGCAUCAUCACAAAGAUUGUCCGCGAUUACGAGAAGUACAUCGCGCGCCAGCUCAAGCGCGGCACCUCCCGCCAGGAACUCAACAUCAGCUGGCUCAAGAAGAACGAGCUCGAGCUCAAGCGCCACGUCCAGGAUUUGCGUGACAACAUCCGGAGCAACUGGGCCACCACGGGGCAAGAGCUCAGCCGUGAGCUCCGCCAGUUCUGGCCCUCCAGUCGGCCACAGAGUCCCGCGCGGGGGCCGGCGGGAUUCUUCGGCAGCACAAACAACAACGGAGAUGUGACUCCCAGCAGUCCGCUUGGUCCCAACCCGGCGGCGGCUGGGGCAACGGGCUUCCCUUUCCCUAGGAGUCCGACAUCGACGGCCACGGCCGGGGAAAGGGCGACGAACAGCGCGAAUGAUUUCAUCACCGGUUAUACGCUAGGGUUGAUUGGCGGUGUACGGUCCUGGAUGACCAAGAGCCGUCGGGCUCCCAACGAAGACCAAAGCCGGCCUGUGAGUGAUGAGUCCUCGGAAGAGGCCGAGGAGAAGACUAGCGGUGAUCGGAGACGAUUGAGCCGAACGAUGGCGACCAGUCAACGAGGUUAGGGCUGGAAGAUAGGGGUGUUGUCGUGCUACCCUACCGCGUGCCGGGAUUGAUCUUUUCAGGUGAGGUUGUUGUCCAGCUUCAGGCUUUCAUUUUAUUUUGUCGCUUCUUGAUGCUAUGGGAGGCUACUUGAGGAACUGUGAUUGGCACCGGGUUUCAGGCUCUGAAAAAGAAAAAGGAUAAGUCGCGGUAUAGGCGUGGGUGUCGAAGUUAGUCCGGUUUAGAAGCGUCAACUGCGGGUCCAGAGCAACAUAGUAAUUCAUUCCACGAUUUU